AUGAAACAGACCAAAUCUCAUCGUGUUGCGAAGGUUGAAAAUGCUACUCAAUUCAAUCAAGUUGUUUGUAUGGACACCUUUGAAGUGGAGUUGCCCCAAAGAACCAUGAAGUUUCUGAACAUCGUUGAUAGUGCUACUAGGUAUCAAGUUGUGGUUCCUCUUUGGAAAGGGGCAAAUGCCGAAAACGUCAGACAGUGCUACAGACGGUACUGGAAACGAUGGGCUGGUCCGCCGGUUCGAGUUUGGUCAGAUGGUGGUCCGGAGUUUCAGGGUAUUUUCACUAAUCUUUUGGGUAGUGAUGGAACCAUUCAUGAGAUGACCGGGUCAUAUUCUCCAUGGCAAAACGGUAUGUGUGAACGUCUGGGGGGUGUUUGGAAAGAAGCCUUUAGAAAAGCCGUUCUUGAAGCUGUUCCAGAUGGAAGAGCUGAGAUUGAGGAGCUUUGUGAUCAGGUGAAUGCUGCGCACAAUAGUUUGACACGAAAGGACGGUUUCUCACCAUCUCAGCAUGUUCUUGGCAUGGAUGUGCGUUUGCCAGGUGUGAUCAUGACAGGCGAAGGCAAUGAGGUCAUUGAGUCUGCUGUCUUGCAAGGUGAAAAAGGGUUCACAAGGCGGAUGAACAUAAGAAACGCCGCGCGUGCGGCUUUCAUGAACGCCGACUCUGAAGCUAAAGUCCGCAGAGCCUUCCAUGCAAGAAGUAGAGUUGCUUCUGUUCCACUUGCACCAGGUGAUCUUGCGUACAUUUGGAGAAAGGUGAAAGGUGGCACAUGUCAUCACUGGCAUGGACCAGGUCAUGUUCUAGGAACUGAAGGAUCAAGAGUCUGGGUGGCUUCAGGAUCAAAGGUUUACAGGUGCUCACGGGAGCAAGUGAAACGUCCCAGUGAGGAGCAAGAGGCCCUCAUUCGGCUUCUUCCUGAAAACCUUAGGAUCAUGCGUAGCACCAUUGCCGAGAGAGGUGCAGGCAACAUUGUGAAUCUUGAGGGUGGAAAUCUUCCGCCCGAUGAUGAACGGGAUGAAGUCAUGACAGAGGCCGCAGAACCUUCUAAUGGUGAGGCCCGUGGUGUUGUGAGAUCGUUUGACCAGGUUGAUCAUGGCAUGGACAUGUUUGACAAUCUUGCGCCUGUUGCUCAAAGAGCCAGAACGGAUGUUGGACCAGUUGACAUGGGUGUUGAUCUUGGCAUGGGAAACGAAGGUCAAAUUGAGGGAAAUAAUGAAUUGGAGUACUCUCCACAGACACCAGCAAGAGAUGAUGAGCUGGAACCUCAAGACCUUGACUUGGAUCAUGAUCAUGAAAGGCAGGUAACACAGGUUGAACCACAUGCUGAACCAAAUGUGUUGCCAGUGGUAGGUAAUACCAGUGCACAUGAGUAUGGGCCCAUCAGGAGUCCAUCAAGAUUGACACAUGCCAUGCGUCAGAACUUAGAUUUGCUUGAUCAUGGGAGAUCAGUGAGAACUUUGGAAAGAAAUGUCCAUGAUGCGUCUUUGGUUGAAGAUGAACUUGUUCAUGAGGAAGUGUAUGUUGUUCAUGUUAAGAAGAAGGGUCGCAAGGAAGUGCUUGAAACGGAACUUGGUAACCAUGUGAAGGGUAAACUUAGUAAGGCUAAGCGGAAAGAGUGGGAUAAAAUGAUUGCGUCAGGUGCGGUGAAGGUUCAUGCAGGUGAGGCGGCUAGGAACUUGAUCAAUGAGGUUGGUAAACAUCGUUUGCUGUCGUCUCGAUUUGUGUUGACACAAGAUGAUGACAUGAAACUGGCCGAUGAUGUCAAAGCACGAUGGGUCAUUCGGGGAUAUUUGGAUCCCGACAUUCAAGACCUGGAUACUUCAGCACCAACGUUAUCUUCUGAAGGCCUAAGCGUGACCUUGCAACUUAUCAGUUCGAAUCGCUGGAGGAUGAAGAUUGGAGAUGUGGAAGCAGCCUUUUUGAGAGGCGAUUUGCUUCACAGAGAAAAAGGGAAGGUGCUUGUGAAACUUCCACCCGGUGGGAUUCCAGGAUUGAGUGAAGACUCUGUGAUAGAGUUGGUUCGUCCUGUUUAUGGACUUGCCGAUGCACCGCAGGAUGCGAACGGGAAACUUCGAGGAGCCUUGGCGAUUCAUGUCGACGAUUUGGUGCUAGGUGUUGCGGGCACUCGUACGAAUUGUCUCGACAGCCUGAGGCAAGCAAUGACCUUCGGUGCUGCUGCCGCUGCAGUGCCCCAGAUGGCCAUGGCUGAGAAUCUUGAUCUGGACAUGGGUUCCUCGCUCAACGUGUCUGCCACGGUGGAGGCCUUGAUGUUGGGCAUCGUGCUGGGAACUGUUCCAAUCACCGUGCUGGGUCUGUUUGUGUCUGCCUGGUUGCAGUUCAAGAAGGGUCCAACUCUCGGAAUCUGA